AAAGUUCCUCUGAGCAAAGUUUCUCUGAGCAAAGUUCCUCUGAGCAAAGUUCGCGCGCACGGAGCCGUGUCAACGAACGCACUGUCGCCGUCCUCUCUAACCCUCCGGGCCCUCGGCGUUCCCUUCUGGAACCGUCCUUUUUUUACGACCCCGUCACCUCGCCGAUUUUUUCGCACGACCAAAGAAGAGGUAAAUUACAUUUCGGAUCGGUUUGUAUCCCCCGUCGGCACGUACUCGCCGUCCCGCUCGCACCCGCGUCCCUUCGCGGGCUCGCUCGUCCUGCUCUAGGUUGGCCAGUGAAUCAUCUUCAACGACCCCCUCCUCCGGGAUCCGGGCAGAAGACUCUUAAGGGGGCCCACGGCGCAGCGCGAGGCCAGUUCGAGAACGCGACCCUAACACUAACAUCCGGUGUAUUCCGAGAGUCGGAAACGGAAACGGCUGCUUUUGAUCGAUUAACCGACACACGGCAACAUGAAAAUCGCUCUGCUGCUGCUGGCCGUCGCGGCCUUCGCCUCAGCUCAAAGAAUCACAACUAUCCAGCUGGACGGCGUGCAGUACUUCGUGUCAAGGAUGAACCCUUACAGCCCUGAACUGAAUUACUUCCUGGCCUACCAAUAUUGUCGUUCCCUGGGUCUCCAGCUGGCUUCGUUCGAGACGAAAGAAAAAGCCGACACGAUGACGCAGUACUUGAAGAACGCCGGUUACGUAAAGUACGAUUUCUGGACAUCGGGCAACAAAUUGGGCACAGACAUGUUCCUGUGGAUGAGCACAGGCCUGCCCUUCAACGCCACCUUCGACUACAUGUUGAGGCGACCUGGCAACAGACCCGCCGACGUUCCACCCGGCACAGAGCCUCAACGAGUAGCGCGCGAAAGCGGCGACAGCGGCAGCGCCGACGGAUGCGUGGCAAUGGUGGCGCCCACGUUAGCCUGGGAAGCGCAGGACUGCACUCUGGUUAAGGACUUCAUCUGCGAGCAAACAAGAUGCUACUACUACAACUACGGCAGCAUUCCAGUCUCUGCGACUCAGGGAAAUCGCAGACCCUACAUAACAACCACCUUGGCGCCAGCCAGCGACGACCAGGUCAACGACCACGAGGAAACCAACGCCAACAAGAACGACGAGACACAGGACAACAGCGACAUCGACGAGAACGCAACACCGGAAGAGGAAAGUUCCGUCGAUGAAAAAUUACCUGAAGACCCGGUCGUCGGCAGGCUGAUCACCACGGCCGUUCCCGCAUCUGACAAGCGACAGCAGCAACCGAUAACGCCGUCGACGUCCUCGCCCGUCGUCACCGAGGACCACGAGGAGCCCACGAACGCUGAACUGGACAAAGCCAGGCCCGAUCAUCUCCCGGACAUCACGAGCCUUUUCACCGACAGCCCUCAGGCACCUCAAGCUAGGAGCGACAACGUGUUCGAAGGUUUGAAAACCCGGGAGAUCCAUCGAUCGUCCCUUCGAUCGUCCUCCGACAUGAAAGUCGAGCAUCGAGAAUCGGCCGAUUACUUCGAGACCCAGUCCGAGACCGAGUCCCCUAACAACGGGUUGGAAGAUGCUCACACGGUCGGGCCGUACGACAGCAUCCAGGACUAUUACGCGAACGACCAACCGGAGGCGGCCGAGUCGUCGAUGAUGAAGGAUCAGGAUGACGACAGUAGCACGAUCCUGCCAGAGGCGGAACCGGCCUACAGGUACAACAUUAAAGUACGCACCAACGGCAAAGUAUUAGAUCCUCCGUCCAAGUAACGCUUCAAAACCCUUUAGACAGCGUCGCGUUAUUCGUUGAUAAGUGAAGUAAGAGAGAUUCCCGAAGAACUAGAUAUGUAUUAGUACGUUAUCGCGUGUAUAUCGUGACACAUCGCGCGAGGGACGCCACCGCCAGCGUAGCGCUGGUGUCGUUCGCGUCAAUCAUCGCUCAUCGUUCGUUCUGAUCCGAGGAAUUUAUCGGUAGUGCUCGUUGGAUUUUUUCCCCCGUGUUCGACCGUUGAGCUUUUCGGUCGGCAGGAGAACGAGAUCCCGAGGCCAUUGGAGAUCAUUCGAAAACGAUAGUGGGAGUCGUCACGUUUUGAAUUAAAUUCGAAGAUAUCCUAAAAGACCAAAAGGUUACUCGCGAGAGAGCAAAAGAUAGAAAGAGAGAGAGAGAGAGAGAGAGAAAUUGUAAAUUUGUAGAGGGUCUCCUCCUGCCGACGAUCAUUCGACGAUAGUCGAACAUCGUUCUCGCAAGGGCAUUUACUCGACCAUUAAAUUCGAUCGACCUUAAUCGCACACAUGUGGCACUGGCGGACACGUUGCGUAUCCGCGUCGCGAUCAAUUUUUUUCUAUUUUUCGGUCGCCUUCUAUCGGUAUACGUAUCGUUAACUAUUAGCUAUUCACUCGUAGCUCGUAGAUAAUAACACGAACGUGAGAACUGGUCCGCGUGGGAUCUCAGGCAUUAAGGUAGAAACAGGAAGAAACGUACAGCGAACUAUUAUCGUUUGGUAAGGCUAACUGGAAUCAUUAUUGGUGUAGGGUUGGGGAGUCCGUCAGCGCCACUUCAUAGGUAUCGGAGUAAAUCAUCUUAGUUAACGUUAUUCGUACAUCUGCAAGACGAAACGUUUCACAGUCGAUCGACUCUCUCCCCGGUUCUCGAUGAUUUUGAUCCGAGUAUUGAACAGUAUCGUGCAACGAUUCGACCGAACGCUCUCGAUCGAACUUCUGUCAAUAUUUAAACAAGGUCCAAGAAUUGGAGCUCGAAGAAUGCCAAACGAGCUAUAUGUUAUCGAUUAACGAAGCAUGGAUCGUAACGUUUCUGUCAUCCAGAGGUACGACAAUCGGCACGCGUGUAGUUCGGUAUCGCGAAACAGUUCUCUAAUCGCUACGAUUAAGUCAUCGUCGCAUCGAUCUUUAAAUAUCCGUUGCGUAAACACACCGCGAAUGUGUAACUUGUGUAAUUGAAUAUUAAUAAAGGUACGAAUACACUCUCAAGACGCAGAAAUAAUUUCUCUCGUCCUUCGGGUGUCG